AUGGCAGCCUCUUAUUUGGCAGUACUCGCCCUUGCGCCAUUCGCGCUGUAUGCAACCUUCCUCGCCUUGCUUUGCUUCGAACAAAUACAGCAGCAUCUCAUCUUCCUCCAUCGCGUGCGACUUUCAGGCCAGAGUAACUUCGACGCUCCAGAGAGCUACGGCUUCGCUCCCUACCGCGUCCAUAAUCUGCGAAUUCCCAUUGGCAAAGAUCAGCACCUUGGUGCUUGGCUUCUGCCUGCGCUUAGCUCAUAUUCCACCCGGAUAGAGUCUCUACCUAUGCGUCCGUCGCAAGCAGUCUAUGCUGACAUCCUUCGUACUUCCAAUCGACCGACACUCAUGUACAUGCACGGUAAUGCUGCUACGCGUGCUGUCGGCUUCCGUAUGCGUGCCGCCAGGAUUCUGGCAAACGAGCUCGACUUUAACGUCGUGAUGCUUGACUAUAGAGGCUUUGGCGACUCGUCCUCGAUACGACCAUCGCAAGCUACAGCGGUGCAAGAUGCCGGCAGGCUGUUCGAAUGGCUCAACCGAGAGAUCGGCGUGCAUGCCCACGACAUCGUUUGCUACGGUCAUUCGCUAGGGACUGGAAUUUGUGCUGACCUCGUAGCGAGGCAACUGGCGCCCCAAGACAUCCAUCUGAGGGCGUUGAUACUGAUAGCGCCAUUCAAAAGUAUACCGUCUCUGCUCACGACGUAUCGCUUGUUCGGCCUGAUCCCGAUAAUGGGGCCCUUGCGCAAAUCUAGACAUGUAGAAGCGCUCGUACGCACCUUCUUGACAACACGUUUCGAAACCGAUACUAUCCUGUCGCUUGCACAAUGCCCAUUGCUGCUGAUUCACUCCACAAACGACCACGAUAUUGUCUACACGCAUUCUCGAGAACUCUUCGACAAUGUCUUCUUAAAUUCAACAAUCGGCGCGACCUCGAUCGCUCAGCAAACAAUGUACGGUCACGGAUUGCUCCGACACUUUACGAGGUCCAAUGGCAGCCCAGUAGUGCAUCUAGAGAUCGACUCUGGGGGCCACAACGGAGUCGGCACCCUCGAAGUGAGCACUUUAGCGAUCAAGCGGAUCGUGGAGCCUCUAGGCUAGCUUGUUGCGCCAAGCCAGAUACCGUUGUUCCGGCCCCGAGUGUUUUGUUCUGCCACUUCGCCGCGCUUCAAGGGGCUUCUGAGCAUCCAUCAAAUCCUAGUGUCAAAGGCAUCAGCAU